UCUCCAGGCAGCCAUGUGGGCUUGGAGUCGGCGAGUGUGGCGGCUUCGCGAGAGGCUCCCGGCGCUGCUCGGCGGACGGCAAGCGGCGCUCCUCCCGGUCGGUGCCCGAGGCGUGCAUAGCUCUCCGGUCCCGUGUGGCAAGAACCUGCUCAAGAAAUUUGCUUCGAAAACCAAGAAGAAGUUUUGGUAUGAGGGUCCUUCCUUGGGCUCUCACCUGAUGUACAAGCCAUCCCAGUUGGAAUUCCUAACAAAGAGCACCUCCAGGAAAACCAGGAAGGAGGACCAGGUGCGCCUGAGGGCUCUGAACGGUCUCCUGUACAAAGCGCUGACCGACCUGUUGUGCACCCCUGAAGUGAGCCAGGAGGUCUGCGACCUGAACGUGCAGCUCUCCAAGGUCUCUCUGACGUCAGACUUCUCGGCCUGCCGCGUGUACUGGAGGACGACCCUGUCCGUGGAGCAGAACGCGCACGCCGAGGCCGUCCUGCGGAGGAGCGCCGCGCACAUGAGGCAUAUUUUGAUGUCCCAGCAAACCCUGAGGAACGUGCCACCGAUCGUGUUUCUUCAGGACAGAGGAAGCGCAGCUCUAGCUGAGGUUGAUUGGUUACUGGCAAAUGCGGAUUUUGGGCCCCCAGAGGAAGAAGAAGACUGUGUGCAAAGUGAUGCCAGGGGCCGUGGAGCCCUGGACGCCCCUCCACCACGCAGCACGCCGGGCUCUGCCACUUGCUCCAGUCUGUGUGGGAUCGAUCAUGAGGCGCUCAACAAACAGAUCAUGGAGUACAAGAGGAGAAGAGAGCGAGGGCGCAGGGGCGAGAGCCGCGCAGAGUCUCCACGGACGCACACUCAAGAGGGAAACGUGGCAGCUGGACCCCAUGCAGAUGCUGACGUCUCCUGCGGGGACCACCUGGACCCUGACCCGGAUGGCUCUUGGGGUGCAGGCCAGGUGGAGGUGACUGAGGGGCGGGGCAGGGAGGCAUGAGGGUCUGCUGCGCCGAACCACAGUCGCACGGCCCAGUGGACUUGUAAUUUAGCCUGAGAAGGAAGGGGGCCUGUGGGAACAGUCGGGCCUCCUGGUCCCGCUUCUCACCCUUCGCGAGCUCCCAGUGAAAAAGGCAGAGCGUUGUCCUGUUUGCGUGUGUUUCCACUCACCCUGAACAUGGUCUCCUGGUUGACGGUGGAACAGCCCCGAGUCUGGUUGUCCCCUGGCAGGACAGCUGCCACGCGCCUCACCGGGAAGUGUGGCUCAGGACUGCCACAGUGCUGUUGGAAGGAGGUGAAAGAAGUCCUCCUCCAGGUCUGACCUGGAGCAGCUUGCUCCCGGGCGUGGGGCGCCUCCGUUUCCUGGGUGACAUCAGUGUGAGAUCCUGGGAACGGUGUCCGCGCAGCGUGGAUGGUGAGACACGUGUUAGUGAGACGGAGCAGGGAGCCUCGGGAUUUGGCUUUUGUGAACAGUGCGGGAAGGAAGGGAGCACUGCUGUCACUCUGCACCUUCUGGGUGGGCGCCUGGACCCAGGGCCAGUGCCCAGCCGGCAGGCAGCCCCUCUGGAAUGGACCUGUUACAGAACACGGGCAAACCACCAGGAAACUUCUAGGCGCUUAGCGAUUCGGUGGCAUGCGUGUGACCCUGUCUGUCCUGGAAGGUGCAUGUAGACGUGUGCGGAGCAGUUGACCUGGGAGUGCAGUUGCUGGCGUGCAAACUCAGCUUGUGAAAAGUCACAUGCUUUGUUCUAACCAGGCGUGGGAAGACACACCUUGAGGCUGUUUGCUGCCUGGAAAAGGAGAGCUCAUCGGCCACCUUCCUGGGAGGUGGGGACAUGCUGUGCAGGGCCGCUCGGGAGCUUCAGGCUCAGUCACAGGCUGAGGGAGAGGAGACGCUAUGGCUUCUGUAGGAAGGAAGGCUGAGGCUGGACAGCGGGAGUAAUUGCAGCAGGCUCUACUUGUUGAGUCCGGGACCUGGAGGGUGUGCAGCAAAGGAGUGACUGGCUGCUGUGCAAGAGCGAGGUAAAGGAGGUGGUUGGGGGUGUGGGCUCUGGAUCGAUUGGUUUGCAUAUAAAAGGUGAGUUCACAGGGCAGCGGUUUUCUGUCUAUAGGAAUUAGCCCUGGGAGGGGUCGUCUCUCCUCAGCCAACAAGGCCCCCAAGAUGGUAAAACAUCACAGAUACACAGUAUGAAAAUCGUGACUCAUACAGGGCCCUGCGGCACCAACCAGCCAGUUUUGCUGACCGUAGACCUGGUCCCCUCUGCAGAAGGCGUCCAGACGUCCAUGCGGAGCAGCGGGCACAAGGCCUGGAUUCCUGGAUCCAAGGCCAGAGUGCCGUGUGGAUGGGGGUGUGCCUGUCUGUGUGUGUCAAAGCAGUGGGACUGGGAGAGGCCAGUGCAGGUGCUGGCUGACUCUUCUCUCUCUUUUCCACUUGUGCUUCCCGGCUCAGUUCUAUCAAAAGUGAACACAUGGCAGGAAAAAGGUGUUUUCAGACCUCGGAGAUUCUGUGCUCUGCACCCCUACACACUGUCUUAAGUUCUCCCGGUAAGGACAGUUUGAGACCAGAAGCGGAGCCAAGACUAGAACAGACACAGAGGGGCUGCUGUGUGCGGGCUGGUUUUACAGGGCUAAAGGGGAUGCUCACAGCAUGUCGGUUAGCUGCUGGCACGUAGUGUCCUGCCCGGAUUUAAGGGUUCAUCUUAUCUUUGGUUUGUGAAGAAAUCUCACUAACCGCAGGACUUCUGAGUGCAGAGUGCUUCCUAGGAAGUUCACCUGGGAUUUUGUUAAAAGGACUUGGAACUUCAGUUAAAGGGCGUUCACGGCUUCUGGGUUGGUGCGGGUGGAGGUCUGGGGAGUGGGCCUGGCAGCUCUGUGCCUCCCUUACCCCUUCAUGUGGUGUCCCAGGGUGUCCACGUGGGAGCUUCUGGUGGCACCGGCAGUCCCCCCUUCCACGUCCUGAGGACCAACUGUGCAAGUCCUAGAAAGGACUGAGUAGCCAGAGAACAGAACUGAAAAUAAUCUAGUAUUAGGAACUGGAACACCAAAUAGGACAGAAAAUGUAAUGGGCUUUCACGGGAAGACUGCCACAGAAGAUCUUUGUUUUUCAGUCUUUGGACAUUCACUUCGUGUCCAGGAUUUCCUCCCUCAAGUCUUCCCUCUGAUGUCUUGGCCUUCUAGGUCCUGUCAGUAAAGUUCAGAGUAUCUCCACCUUUCUUAUGGCAUCUUCUCUGUUCAAGAGUUUGUGAUACAUGCUUUUUUGGUUUUUUUAAUAAAAAGUACUUAGAAUAAAG